AACACCAAAGCAUAAAUAAAAUGUUUAAUGGGUCAUUCUCAUAUGGGAGAAAGUCAAGCUUUCAAGUUUCAAACACAAACGAAAAGAAAAGCUCGACAAAGAAAGCAAGAGGCACACGUUUUCGUUCGAACGGGACAGAAUUACGCAAAAAGAAAGCAGUUUCUGUCGCUAACAAACCAAGAACGAAAAUUAUCUAUCCCGUUGGGGAUCCUAUGAAAGAUAUUAUAAGCAAAGGAUAUUCAGAGGCGCGUGGAUUGUAUGGUGCAGGCAUUUCAUCGCAGGUUGCACCAUGGCCAUUAACAUAUACUCCCGUCACACCACAGCCACUUUCAUCGGGGGUUCCACCGUGGCCCUUAACAUUUACUCCCGUAGCACCACAGCUACUUUUCCGACGCUUUCCUUUGCUCGCUUUUCCAAAGGGCUCACCCCAAUCGCUGAUGGAACUCUCCCAAAAGGUAGAUCAGUUUCCAAACCAAGACUUAGUUUCAGCCACUGGAAACAUUCCAUAUGAUAUGAGCCAACCGGCUACUGACACAAGCAAUGUUCCACCGGGCUCAUCAUGGCAAGAUAAACGAAAUGAGCCAAACAGCGUUAGUGCAACUUUGAAUCUUUUUUCCAGUCAAGAGCCUUUUGGAUCCUCAGAGAAACCUUCAGUGAAGAUGCUAAGAGAUGAACGGAAUGAGGAAAAUGAAACCGACCAGAAAGGAUCUUCGUCUUCAAGUUAUUCAUUAAACGCGAAUGGCUUCCCAGAAAUAUCACAACCGUCUAUACCUGGGUUUGCAAGCCAAAGCUACUCGGAAUCUCCGGCAGAAACUGCACAGGCCAUACCAGAAAACGAGCAGUUCGGAAAAGGCGAUCAUGGUUUACCGGAUGAAGAAGAAUCGGAAGCGGAAGCGGAAAAAUUCACUGAUGAUGGGGAACGAAAUGAGGAUGAAGAAAGCGACUCAAAUUUCACUCCAGGAUUAGUUGACGGCUUGGAUACCAUGCAGACAGGUUUACUGAAACAACAGUUUGAUAGCACUCCUUCUUUUAAAGGGCGAGUAAUGGAUAUAUUUCAUACAUUUGGGUCUCCUCAGUGGGGAAGGAGACCACCUUCUCUGGAAUCACUCUGGCGUCGAAGAGCUAAUUUACGGCAAAAUGCUAUGGCGCCUCAGAAAGCACUUUUACAAGAACGGGCCACAUUUAGCACUAAACAAGAUGUACAACAAAAUGUUCCUGGGAGUGUUCAAGGAAAUGUUUUAGGUCUGUCAGUCUCAGAGGGAAACAGGCAUAUGCUUAGUUUACCUAAUCUAUCUUUAGACUCCAUCGAAAAAGCAAUCGACUCAGCAGAUAGGGAACAAUCGACAACUGAUGGAAAAACUGGUUCAGGCCAUAGUUAUGGUUCACGAAGGAUGGGCAAGGCAGAAGAGAUUUUCACAGAUGACAAUACAAGUGAUUAUGGUUCUCCUGCCAAAUCAAAUCCAUCAAAGACAAAAAUACACGAUAUUCACAUGAGACAUGGGAAAUACGUGCACAGUUUAGACUGGAAAUCGCCACUACUGGGUCCUUCACAGGCACCAUUCGAUUUCAAUUGGAAACUUGAAAGAGCCCUUACAAAAUGGAAAGAUCCAGCCGAUUCAGGACCAGACGUAGCUAGCAUGGGAGAGAAUUUGGCAGAUGAUACAUCCCAAAAAGUCUUUCUGAAACUGAAAGGUUCAAAUGAUAACGCCGAUGUUGUUCCUGGCUACACAUUUGAUACCCAAGGACAACGCUCAGGACCACUCUUUCUGCCUAACCCACCUCCAGAACUUGCCAAUGACAGCAAUGCAGAAACAGUGCUGAUGGUACCAGAGCUAGGAAACAGGGUAAAAGAGGAGCCAGAGUCAACGAACUCUGGUGCAAAAUAGCAUACCAUCAGUGAUAAAAUGAGUGGGGAGAAAUCAUUCAGGGGGUAAAGAAAGAAUGCUAAAGAUUUAUCACUGUGUCUUUCUGGCCUAGAAAUUUUUAGCCAUAAGGUUUGGUUAACCUCAAAUAUACGUUCGUAAUAUUCCACAGCUGAAAAGCCCUAACUUGUGGACACCCAUUGAGCUACAUAGGAUAUUUUUUAACUUCGUUGCUUUGAGCAGCUUCCUACUAAGGUUCUGUUAGCGCAACAAUAGUAGUACAGUGCAGAAAAUAAAGAGUUUAGAUUACAACUUCAAACUUAGUCAUUCAUGACCUCGAAGUGACUUUUUAGAUGUAGAAUUCAUACGAGGAAAGCCUUAGCCAUUCAAACGCAACUCUGAGAAUGUUAAGGUUUAAUGAUCACGAUUUGCUGGUGUUGAAAAGACUUUGAUGAGCGGAAGGUGUUCAAGAACUUGUAAUAGCAAAGACAGUUUACAUAAUAACUUUUGUUGUUCAGGCGCGUAGCGUCCUCUACGCAUAUACGCACGUGCGUACUUGAAGUGACCAGAAAAUUUUGAAAACA